GGUAUAACCGUUUAAAGUAGAUCGCAGAGCGAGUUUUGACUUUACAUUUUACAUCAUCGUAAUCCACCCGCUCAGUAGCUGACGAGCGGUCAACGAGUCCGCACGCAUUGAGUAUUUCAGUGAGCGUUUCUCUUUGAUCUACAAAACACACGAGUAUUACUCUGUCUCUACGCUUGAAAACACAUUUAUCUAAUCAUCAUUAAAAAUCUUUAAUGGAUAAAUAGAUCUCCUUUGCCAAUUCGUGAUUUGAUUAACUUCUUUUCACGUUGCGUAAUUAUCAUAUCGUAUAAAACCCAAAAAAAUGAAUUCUUCAAAGUGUUUGACGAUAUCAAAAUAGCUGUUGUACUGUGUGACAGAAGUGUCAUCUAUAACUUUCCUUUAUGCGACAUUCCUUGUUCGAAUCUUCGUUUUCUAACCAGUAAUUAGACUUAGUGCGAAAUUGUUAGUUAUCAAAAAAUGCCAGCACAACUGAGCAAAUUCAUCGACGUACAGUGUAAGGAAUACUCGCAUCAUUGGAUUAAUUCCUGCGUGGUUGCAGCAGCCGGUCUUGGUAUAGAUGCUAUUCCACAAUGUCUAAAGUUAUAUGCUACUGUUUAUAUAGCUGCACUUUUAAUGAGAGGAAAGAUACCAUCUAAAGAAGAUAUUAAAAAAACGAUAUUGGGUCUUUUACAAUCAACAGCCUUCCUCUCAUGGAGCGCUUUCUCGUAUUCCGCAUUUAUUUGCAUUUUAAGACGAAUACUUGGAAACUUCAAUUUUCUGACUGUAUCAUUUCUUCCAUCCUUCUUAUCUAGUCUAACAGCUAUUGUUAUUGAGAGACCAUCGAGACGUCCUUUAUUAAGUUUAUAUGUAGCUAAUCUUGCAACAGAAACAUUAUUUAGAAUGGGCAUAGCAAGGGGUCAUUAUACUCCGAUCCCUCAAGGUGGAACAUAUAUUUUUGCUACAAGCCUAACAUUAUUACUUUAUUUUUAUCGUUCUAGACCAAAUAAAGAACCUUCCAUGUAUAGAAUACUUAGAAUUCUUGUUGGAAAAUAUGAAGAGUGUGGUUACCUUGUAGAAAAAGACAAUUUGCAUUGUGAUACACAAAUAUGCUCUGCUGAUGAAGGUAGUGCUAGUGGAAGUUCAAUAGAAAAGCAUGGUGUAAAUAAAAAAUCUCAUAAAAAAAAUCUUAAUAUAUUUAUGAAAUCCCUUAAAAUAUAUAGGAAAAUUAUAGAAAGAUUAAAACUUCAAGGAAAACAUAAUUCCUGCCCACAUCCUUUUAGUUGUGCUCAUUAUAUAUUAAAGGGUGGCAUGGAAGUAUUUAGUUAUGCUCUAAGUGCUCAAUUAGUGAUUAACUUGUUCUUUGGCAUGAAGAAAUUACUUACGAAACCACUUUUGAUAAAAUCAAUGAUUCUCAAAAAGAACAAUCUAAAUUUACCUAUAUUUUUAGGUGGCUUUGCAGGUCUUUAUAGGCUAGUAUCCUGUUUGUUGAGAAGAUUCUUAGGAAAAGAUUCUCCUUACCACGCAAUUCCUGCUGGAUUUAUUGGUGGUUUAACAUUUAUGUUUUAUAGUAAUAAUACAGUAGCUCUAUAUUUUAUGUGGAAAGCAUUGCAGUUGUCAUGGAAUGAUCUUGCAGAAAAAAAUGUAGUACCUGAAAUAAAGUGGUUUGUAAUCUUUUUAUACUGCUUUUGUACAGCAAUACUCUUCCAUGCAGCAAUCUUUGAGCCACAGCUCUUGAGGUCUUCUUAUUGGAAAUUUUUAUGUGCUAUAUCUGGUGGAAGAAUAGCAGUAAUGUCUCGAGUACCAUUAGAUGCAUUUGGUUUGGAAUCAACUAGACAUCUUGCAGAUGUACUCAGAAAAACUAAUACUACUGAUAAGAAAACUUUUGCUUUUUAAUUGAAAAAAAAGAAUGGGAAAAGAAGGAAUUAUAUUGAUCGUUGUUAUUACUUAAGAAUUAACGAGAGAAUUCAAAAUGUUUGUUUCUACGUAAAAAAAUAUAAAAGUAGUCUCAAAAGUAUGCACGCUGUUGAGUACACGUGCACUCAAGUAAAGGUCGUGGACACCCGAGCCCAAGAGACACCAUGAAGUAAGGGGAACGCUUCUUACCUAAAAAAAGGGGGAACGGGAAACGUAUACCGUGCGUCAGUACUAUUUGAAUUGUUCAGUAGUUUGUAGAGAUCUUUCUCCACUUCAUUUUUGUAUCGUUAUGUGUAAUUUUAGUUAUCACAUUAUACACAAAAAGUAUAUGUUAUUAAAUACGAUUCCUUUCCGUGAAAAUAUGUUGAUAUUUCUUUUAUGUUAUUAACGCGUAGAAGAGAACAAAGUCUCGUGCAAGAGGUUUCAUCCAUGAACUAUAUUGCCGUAGGCGGAGUCAAUUCUGUUCCCCUUCCCUCAUGGUACCCCUUAAAUGCUAGAAAUGAUACUUAGGUAUACGUGUACUUGAUAAAUAUUCAUAUCGACUUCUUUAAAACAGUAAAACAGUAAAAUGCUUUUAUACGAAUACGUAGCAGAUAUAAUAUGCAAUGAUUUCAUAAAAAGCUGUGUUCUAAAAAUUAAGAUUGAAUAUUUAUUAAGUACGUUUGCACUUGUAUAGUCCAUGGCGAUAUAGGAGUACCGUGAGGCAAGGGGAAUGUCUUGACUCCGCCUACAGUGCACAUAUACUCUCAUCGAUAUGGAAUGGGAAACGCUCCCCUGACCCCAUAAUACACCGAGAAUAUCCAUCACUGUGCUCGAGUGCACGCGUACUGAACUAAUACACGUCCGAUCUAUAUUUUGAUGUGACAUUACUGUCAUUACCCGUUUCACAUGUACGAUUAAUUUUAAGACAUUUUGCAUACAUCGAAAGUAUGAAUUGAUGAAAAAAUAUAUAUUAAUAAAAUAGUUACCAAAGAAACAAGCAUACAUAUAUAAUACUUUUGCAUUGCUAAAAUUUUACAAUAUUCAUGUACAACUCUAAAAUUAGACUCAUUAAAUUAUAUUUAAAAUGAUUAUUCAGUAAUGUUAUAAAAAUUUACUAUAUCAUAGAUAUUUGUUCAUUAUUGUUCAAUACAUCUGUGAUGUUAAUAUAGUUCGUUUAAUUUAAAAAUUUUGUACGUUUAUAUAAUAUAUGUCUAUGUGUAUAGGAAAUGUAAAAUUAUUAUUUUAUGAAUAGGCUGUUACAAAAUAAUGUAGAUAUUCUUCUAAGAAUGUACAAAGAUCUUUUUCAUAUACCUAAAAUUACAUACGUUUGUGAUAUCGGGAUUUUACAAAUAAUAAAAAAAUUUUAUAUUGAUCAU